CUGGAAAGUGGCUGCCACCGCCCUUAGCACCCUCCUUGCCGACGCCAUGCUCCAGUUCCUGCUUGGAUUUACUUUUGGCAACGUGGUUGGAAUGUAUCUGGCUCAGAACUAUGACAUACCAAACCUGGCUAAAAAACUAGAAGAAAUUAAAAAGGACUUGGAUGCCAAGAAGAAACCCCCUAGUUCAUGAGGCGGACUCCAGCACUGCCUUCUGGAUAUACGGAUUCUGCUGUUCUUGAGGGCCUCCUUACCAUCUGAACCAAAAGCUUUUGUUUUGAAUUCAAGCCUCAACAAUUUUCCUGUUAGAUCCUGCGUCGCUUGAGAGCAUAGAUGGGGCCACAAGUUAAGAACCACCCUUUUCCAACUUCCUCACCUCAUCCCUUCCCUCCUUCCAGCCACUUGAGAUGGCCUAAGACUGGAAUUAUGGUGCUAGAUUAGUCAAUGUGACCUUUAAAAAAAAAAAGAAAGAAAAAAGAAA